CUAUAAAGAGCCCCGAGGCAGGGGAGCGAGCACUCGCUGCUGCUGCUGCUGCUGCGCUGCCGAGGCUCCUGUGUCCGCACCUCCAGCCCCAACCAUGAGCACCACGGUCAGGCAAUUCUCCUCCUCCACGUCCCUGAAGGGGCUCGGCAGCCUGGGGGGAGGCUCCAGCAGGCUCUCCUCCGUGCGGGCCGGCCCAGGAGGGUACCGGGCCCCCAGCGUGCACGGCGGCUCCGGCAGCUACUCCGUCUGCUCGCGCGUGGUCUCGGGGCUCGGCAGCGGCUUCGGGGGCAGCUACUGCAGCAGCGCAGGAGGGGGCUUCGGGGCCGGCUUCGGGGCCGGCUUCGGGGCCGGCUUUGGAGGAGGUUUUGGGGGUUUUGGAGGCGGCGAUGGCAUCCUGCCGGCCGGGGAGAAGGAGACCAUGCAGAACCUCAACGACCGCCUGGCCAACUACCUGGACAAGGUGCGAGCCCUGGAGGAGGCCAACACGGACCUGGAGGUGAAGAUCAGGGAGUGGUACAAGAAGCAGGGACCUGGUCCCGAGCGUGACUACAGCCCCUACUACAGGACCAUCGAGGAGCUCAGGAACAAGAUUCUUUCUGCAACUGUUGAAAAUGCCAACAUCGUGCUGCAGAUCGACAAUGCCAGGCUGGCAGCAGACGACUUCCGAACCAAGUUUGAGUCGGAGCAGGCCCUGCGCAUGAGCGUGGAGGCCGACAUCAACGGCCUGCGCCGCGUCCUGGACGAGCUGACCCUGUCCAGAGCCGACCUGGAGAUGCAGAUUGAGAACCUGAAGGAGGAGCUGGCUUAUCUGAAGAAGAACCACGAGGAGGAAAUGACUGCCCUGCGUGGGCAGGUGGGUGGGGAGAUCAGCGUGGAGAUGGACGCUGCUCCUGGCAUCGACCUGACCAAGAUCCUGGCGGAGAUGCGGGAGCAGUACGAGAGCCUGGCGGAGAAGAACCGCAGGGACGCCGAGCAGUGGUUCUUCAGCAAGACAGAAGAGCUGAACCGGGAGGUGGCCAUCAACACGGAGCAGCUGCAGAGCGGCAAGACGGAGAUCACGGAGCUGCGGCGCACGAUCCAGAGCCUGGAGAUCGACCUGCAGUCCCAGCUCAGCACGAAAGCGGCGCUGGAGGGCACCCUGGCCGACACCGAGGCGCGCUACGGCACCCAGCUGGCCCAGCUGCAGAUGCUGAUCACGGGCGUGGAGGAGCAGCUGGCCGAGCUGCGCUGCGACAUGGAGCGCCAGAACCACGAGUACAGGGUCCUGCUGGACGUCAAGUGCCGCCUGGAGCAGGAGAUCGCCACGUACCGCCGGCUGCUGGAGGGAGAGGACGCCCACAUCUCCUCCCAGUACUCCUCAGCCAUGUCCUCACACUCUGGAAGAGACGUCACGACAUCGUCCCGCCAGGUGCGCACGAUCGUCGAGGAGGUGCAGGACGGGAAGGUGGUCUCCUCCCGGGAGCAGGUCGCCCUCACCACUCGCUAGGACAGCCCCUGGCUCAGGAGAGCACCAGGCUGAGCCAAGAAGUGCCUGAGGCCACGCGUGGUCGGCUUGUGUCCCCGAAUGCUCUCUUCACCUGCUCUUCCUCAUGUGUUGCUCUCAUUCCAUGCAGGUGUCUCUGGACACAGUUAAUAAAGCUUUUUCUUCUCGCUCGUGCAACUGCAGACUUGUCUGAUCAUUGACACGUGAUCCCUCAAAGCCUCUGGGUUCGUGCCAGGGAAAGUCCCAAGAAACCACAAGAAACCAGUGAGAGGAGGGGAGUGGAGGGACAUGGGCUCCACCUGGAGGGACAGGGGCUCUGCCUGGGAUGAACAUAACUGGAGACAGUUUUUUUUCUAAUGAACUCAGUGCUUGUAAAUACAUGGGAUGGGGUAAGACAUGAACUGUGUAAGUGAUACAAAAUGAAGGCAGUUACGGAACGAUGAGGUUUGAGGUCAGUGUGCCACGCUGGUAAUUAAAGCAAACAGAAUAAAGCCCAGUUCUCUAG